CUUGUGUGAAAUUUACUGGAUUUUUGGAACUAUAAAAUGGGCUCGAUUUACUCUGCCAAACAUUCAUCAUUUAGAGACAACGGUUGAAUGUUACAAGAAAAAAGGAGAAAUGGUUUGGAAAUUUGGUAAACUCGGUGUCAACAACGGACGAACUGUACGUUCGCGAACUCAAGCCAAAAGAUCUGAGGGUCUUCUUACUCACACUACAGCUUUCCCUGAAGGAAGCCAAGACGAAACAGAGGUCAUCACCUACUCGCUAGGCAAGCAAAAUCGCUGGCUUCUUCCAGAAGUUAUCAAGACGGCUAACGCAUCCGAAUUCGAGAAGGACGAGGUUGUUUUAGUGGAAAGAUUCACUAAUGACAGAAAGGAUCGUCCCAACUGUUUGUCAGUAUACAGCUCAAAGGACAGCAAAACUCGAAAAUCCAAGCGCAGAUUGGCUCGAACAAAAGAUCUGCUCGUUGACGUUGAAGACGCGAGAACACGUUUUGAGGUGAGUUACCCCUGUCCCUCUAGACCAUGGCAGAACAAGAAACAGAGAAAGAGGCCCACGGCGCGGUUUGGAACUCGGAAGAAGAGUUCUCGUUUCGAUUUGAACAUUGAGGAAGACUUUGAGGAGGUCCAUGAAGAAGAUCGAUCUCUCCAUUAUAUCGAGGAGGAUCUCAGUGAACGCUGUGACUCAAACAACUUUGGUAGAUCUAUCACAAUUUAUUUUGACUCACUUUUGAGAACAUCCCUUGGAAAGAAAACAAAUCCCAUUGGAAAGAUUAGGACUUCACAGCAAAUGAAAAAUGCCAUCGGAAACACAAGGCUUUCCUCACCUAAAAAGGAGUGCAUUUAUGUGGACAGUGGAGAUGAUAUGUACAGUGCACAUCAAGAACUUCUGACUCAAAUAGAAGAGGCAUCUGCAUAUAAUAAUGGCAAUUCUAAUCCUUACCCCUACGAUGCCUUUGUGUAUGACUGGGGUUAUGAUGUCAAUAUGGAUGAGUGGGGUCAAGAUCCUGCUAUGGAUGAGUGGGGUCAAGAUCCUCCUAUAGAUGACAGUGGUCCUGUUGCUGGUGAGGAUGAUGGGGGUCAUAUUGCCAGUAUUGACGAGUGGGGUCCUGUUGCUGAUAUGAAUGACAGGGAUCCAGUUGCUAAUAUUGAUGACAGGGUUCCUGUUGCUGAUAUGGAUGACUUGGGAUAUAAUAGCGAUGGCUGGGAUCAUGAUGCUGACAUGGAUGACCAGGGCUGGAACGAUGGUUGGCAGGCACCAGUAAGAGGUGGCAUGCACAGAGGAAGAGGGAGAGGCAGAGGGCGAGGAAGAGGCAGAUGGAGAGGAGGGAGAGGUGGAAGACGACAACGUUUUCGACAAUUCACCCAAGUUGAUCCCAACUUGUCCUCAGAAUUGAACAAUUCAUCUUCAGUUACGAACAGAGAUGGUAAUCAACACCAACUACCUUCAGCAACAGAUGCCAUCCAUAAGUAUGUCACUCUUCUCCUUUUCCCACAAGAAAUUAAUCCUGUUCUUCUGGAGGAAAUAUGGGGUGAAAAGUAUGUUGAAGCAGAAAGUGUCCCAAGGACAUUUGCACUCAAGGUUACACCCCUAACAUCUCAGGACAUCAAUGGAGAAGUGUUUGUUCUUUUCCAGCAUGGUAACAGGCUGCCAAACUGGUUUGCAUCUGUCAUUUGCAGUGAAGAAAGCGUACAUGAAUCAGUGCUAACAGAGUUCAUUUCUGAAAUCAAGGCAAUGAGUAUCAAAAAGGAUGUCUGUGGCCUUACUCUAGAGGAUGUUGUGUACACUGCUAGAAACUGCUUCUGCUCAAACAUCAACAAUAAAGUGGACACAGGAGAGCCCAGGCUACCCAAACUGUCUUUUGAUGUCUUUGCAAAUCUGCUUGGUUGGAAGUCGAAGGCUCUUACUUUGCAGAAAGCACGUCAGGAGAUACGAAUGUCCUUUGAGAAAAAAGAAUUCCAACUAGAAAACCCUAAACCAGUGUUAAGUACUGAAAUGGAGUGCGGGAUAUGUUUUAUGGAACUCAUCAGCUGCAGUGAUAAUAAUGUCCCUACCACAACUUUGACCACCUGUGGGCACACAUUCUGUAACAGUUGCUGGAGGGCUCACUUGAAGACCCAGAUUGAUCUUGGCCAAGCAAAACUGAGGUGCCCAGGGCAUGGGUGUAGCACGACAGUUGAUGAUGUCACCUUAAUGUCUCUUACACCAUCACUGUAUGGACGGCAUAUGGCAAAAAGGGUGGACACCUUACUGGAAAUAAGCCCCGAGUGGAAAUGGUGUCCUACAGACCAGUGUAAGUUGGUUGUCAAGGCAACAAUACUAAGGGACUCCAGGGUCUGUGGUACUGAGGAUGGUGGUAGUGUCCAGCCUAUGCCAGUGGCAUGCGUCUGUGGUACCACAUGGUGUUUCAAGUGCCAGGAGGAUGCUCAUUGGCCAGCUACCUGCAAGGAGGCACAGGUGUUCAGAAAGAGGCAUGAAAGGUAUGCCAAGAUGGUUAAAAACAACCAAGAAGAGAGGCUAAUUACAAGUGUAGAAGUUAAGAACUGCCCAUUUUGCAAUUACCCAAUACAGAAAGGUCCUGGAUGUAAUCACAUGCACUGUGGUCUCUGUGAUAAAGAAUUCUGUUGGUAUUGCCUGCAAGACUGGUCCUCCCAUGGUGAAGAUUGUGAGAAGGGCGUGGCACUGCGUGAAGUGGAGAUACCAGUGAAUACAAAACACUUGAGAUCAUACGAACACCAUGCCGUGAUGUGUCGCUUGGCCAGGUCACCAGACCAGAUGCAACAAACUAGCAAAAAACUGGAUAACCUGGAAAAAGGCCAACAGUUUUUUGGCGCAUGCUCACAUAGAUUUGGCUCUCACAGACCUCGGCCUAGCUGUACAAUAAGGCGUGUGAGCUAUUUAUGUGAGAGUGAUACAUCACAAGAUUUGCCACAAGUGUUUGGUUUUAAAUUCCAGGCCCUUCUUGCCCUUGAAGGAUUGGCGAUGGUGUUAAGCUUCACGAGAGACUCUCCACGUAAGAUAUUAGUGCUGGAAUUUGAAAGACUGCUAUUCAUUGUAGAGAGAUUGAAUGACUUACUCCAAGACUUUGAGAAAGGUCUCAAACCUGAGACUCUGGAGAGAAUGAAACAUUUAAUAGUGUGUGGCAAGAAAUGUUUGUCUGUUGUAUAUAGAAACACAAAAAGUUUGUGAUUUCUUCUCACAUUCUGGUUUCUUUCUUGGGUAGUCAUUUUGGGUUCAACUUAAGGUAGGUUUUUUUGCUGAUUUACAAAGUUGUGAACUUCCAAAAAAUAAUAAUAUAUACAGUAUGUUGGCUUAUACAUACCUGAAGAACUUUUCAUCUUUAAUGUUAAUUCUGUCAAAUUGCUACUUAAUUCAAAUUGCAUGUUAGAAAUGUUUAUAAAAAUUAUUUUGAUUGAGAUACUAAAUAAAAUUAUAUUAUUAUAAAUGAAAA